AUGAAUGGACAAUUUGUUCUGGGCAGGCAGUGCAUCAAGGAAACUUUUGGAAACAACCUUAAAAUUUGCAUAGCGGAAACUUGGCUUGGUGGAUCUCUGCACGGAGUUGGCGUGGGCGUGUGCGUGUGGGGUGUGAGGGAGAGGGAGAGGCUGCAGCAAGGGGAGGAAGAGACUCUCGAGAGGGAGAGGAGAGGGCGAAUGUGGGGGAGAGGGAGGGAGAGUGACCGCAAGCCUGUCAACGCAGCGGACAAUGAGGUGACUUUGAUGAUGCCUCCCAGUGUGGCCCUCUCCCCUCCCUCCUCUCGACUCCGUCCGCCAGAGAUGGUGCAUAAUCUGAAAAAAAGCGUUGCAAUUAGAUGGUGGAAGGAAGGUGGGACGAAGGGUGUUGAUGUUAGAGAUAUGAGUGCGUGUGGGGCCAGCGUGAAUCCAUCUGUGUGGCUCUCAGGGUAUGGUCUAGGUGAAACAGAAAUAUGUCUGUUUGUGGUAGAUGGAAAGUGGAGUGGCCUGUCGUUUUCAGUGCAGCCUGUGGACACUGUGGUGCGGCGGCGGGGGCCGGCGUGGCUGCACUGCAAGGCACGGGGUCAGCCUGAGCCAACCCUCACCUGGCACCGCGACAACUCCCCCAUCGACACCACAAGUGACUCCCGCAGGUAUGUGCUGCCUAAUGGGACGCUGCACUUCACGUGGGUGAAUGGGCCAAGGUCAGAACAGACCGAUGAGGGAAUCUACCACUGCCAAGCUUCCUCCCCUGGUGUGGGCACUAUUGUGUCCACUGGUGCCAGGUUAAGCAUUGUGGGCGGCUGGGAAGAGGAUGCUCUGCCAAAAUUUGAUGAGCAGCCUCAGGACAUGACGGUGUUUGAGGGAGAGCGUGCCAGGUUUCCGUGUGCCCUCGCCAGCACCCCGUCACCCACCAUCAAGUGGUUCAGAAACAGUCAUCCACUAGAGCUUGAUUCACGGAUGACUCGCCUUCCAUCUGGUGCCUUAGAAAUAGAGAAUGUAGCCACAACAGAUGAAGGUGAAUAUUACUGCCAAGCCAGUAGCCUUGACAAGAGCAAGGUGUCACAGCAAGCUACACUCAACGUGGAAGAAGCCUAUGCUCUCCGAGACACUCAGCGACCUGUGUUCAUUGCUCGGCCAAAAUCUGCUGUUGGCAAAGUUGGAGACAACAUUACUCUUGAUUGUGCUGCCAAUGGAUACCCAGAGCCAACUGUCGUGUGGCUAAAGGACGGAGCAACAAUUGACAUGGCGGACUUGGACACACGUUUCUUGUUUUUUGGCACCACGAGAAGCUUGCAGAUAAUUGGACUCAAGCAGGAGGAUAAAGGGACAUACAUGUGUCGGGCAGAGAACAGGGAAGAUUCUGUGGAUGCUGUGGCUCAUAUACAAGUCCAAGUUGCUCCAAGAUUUGUGAAGCAGCCCAUCAGCACAUUGGCAUAUGAAAAAGAAGAUGUAGAGUUGGAGUGUAAUGUGUAUGGUGAACCAGAGCCAACCGUCUACUGGCUGAAGAACGGUGAAUUGCUGGUUGAAACUGAAUAUUUUCAGAUUGUCGGUGGCAACAACUUGAAGAUCCUGGGACUGGUGAGAGAGGACUCGGGAAUGUACCAGUGUGUGGCGCACAACUCAGCAGGGGACACUCAAGCUGCCGCUCAGCUGCGAGUCCUCAAGUCAAGAAGGAGCAUGCCCUCAGACCCCACAGCCACCACCACCAUCAGCACAAUCAUUCAAGGCAUUCCUGAGAGAGGAUCUUACCUUCCUGAAGGUCAAGACUCAGAUGGGGUUCACCCUCAGGCUCCCUCUGCACCAAGACUCCUUCAGGCCAUCAUUGCCAGCAACAGGUUCAUCACACUAGCCUGGCAUGAACCCGAAUUCAACAAUGACCAUAUUGUGGGCUACUCAGUGUUCUACAGGCAGGAAGACUCCCUCAGGGAGCGUGUCCAGAAUGUGAGUGCCAGCUCCUCCAGUGAAGGGCUUGAUGAGUACAAAACUCAGAUCAGUGACCUCAUCCCUGGGAGCAACUAUAUGGUGCGAGUGGUGGCCCACACCUCCAACGGAUUGGUUGGAGCUUCCACUGAGGAUGUGCGAGUGUUCACCAAGCCUGAUCUUGAUCUUCCUUCAGCUCCAGAAAAUCUUAAAGUAGUUCCCACCUCUCCAACAAGUUUGGAAGUCACUUGGUCACCUCCAAGAUUAGCAAGAACACCCAUCAUUGGUUAUACUAUGUUUUAUAUGCAGGUGGGAUCAGCAGAAGAACAUGAAGUGGAAGUCACUGGCACAUCUUAUGAUCUUCAAGGUCUUGACCAGUUUACUGAGUACAGUGUGUGGUUGACAGCCGUCAAUGGCAACGGUAGAGGAGAUGCCACUCCAGAAGUCACCGCUAGAACCUUCUCAGACGUGCCCUCAAAGGAGCCACAGAAUGUUACUGUUGAGGCAGCCAGCUCAGAGAGUCUUAUCAUCAGGUGGGAACCUCCACCAACUGAACAUCAGAAUGGAAUCAUCACUGGUUACAAAAUCCGUUACAAGGAGCGAGGCAAAUCAGGCUCCUCCAAAACGAGAACCACAGAUGGUAACAGAAGACUCUUUCCACUUACAGAGCUCAAGAAAAGCACUCCCUAUUCCAUUAAGCUUGCUGCCCUCACUGUCAAUGGUACAGGUCCAUACACACAGUCCAAGCUGGCAGAGACAUUUGCUAAUGACCUGGAUGAAAAUCGAGUCCCAGACAAACCUGUCAGUUUGAAAGCCGUGGCUCUGACAGACCACAUCCGUGUGCGAUGGCAGCCCCCGGCACAGCACAAUGUGAUGCUGCGUGGCUACACUAUUGGCUGGGGCCCGGGAGUGCCAGACAUAUAUUCCAAAAUCGUGGACAGCAAGCAACUCAAUUACAUAAUCGAUAGACUAGAACCCAACACAGAGUAUGUAAUUAGCCUGCGGGCCUUCAAUAGUGUGGGAGACGGCCAGCCAGUGUAUGAACAAGUGCGCACCCGGCCAGAAGAGGAGGAAAUAGCACCAACGCUCGAGACUCCAGUGGGUGUGAAGGCUGUGGUGCUGACACCCUUCACAGUGGCGCUGCAGUGGACUGACACCACACUGAACAGAAACCAGUACAUCAGUGAUACAAGAUACUACACCGUGCGCUACACCACAUUCUCCUCGGCAUCAUCCUCCAGCCCACGUUUCCGCUACAUCAAUGCAACAGACGUGACCUGUCUCAUUGACAACCUCAAGCCGUCAACGGUAUAUGAAUUUGCUGUGAAAACAAUAAAGGGUAAGCGUGAGUCUCCCUGGAGUCUGGUUGCCUCCAACACAACGCUGGUGGCACGUCCAUCGUCUCCACCUCGAGAUGUAACAGUGGUCACCAUCCCUGAUGAACCCUCUACUGUCAUCUUCAAUUGGCAGCCUCCAAAGCAAAACAAUGGAAAAAUCACAGGUUAUGUGAUAUUCUACACCACUGACCCAACGGGAAGUGAUUGGGUGAUGGAGAACGUGAUGGGAGACAGAAUGACUUUCACAGUCCGUGGGUUGACACCUUCAACUCAGUACUUUUACAAGAUGCAUGCUCGCAAUGUGAAAGGCUUUGGGCCAUACUCAUCUGUGGGAAAUUUCACAACACUUCCAGCUGCUGGAAAGAGUAUUGGUGAACCUCCAGGCUGGUUUGUGGACAAAGGAAGCUUGAUUGUGCUGGUCAUUGCUGGUGUAGCUGGAGCUGUUACGUUGCUUGGGGUUUUCGUGGCCCUCACACUGUACUGCCGGAGAGUCAAAACUGAACCUAGACCAAGCAUUGUAGUUGGUAGUUGUAGCAAAAGCAACAAGCCUGAUGUUCAGCCUCCAGAUCUGUGGAUUCAUCACGACCAUCUGGAGCUGAAAAAUUUUGACAAGGGUGAACGAAGCAACUCGCCAAAUCAUGCAGCCAUUAUCAACCACACAGGACCAGAGUAUGAACCUGAUGACAAGAACACCACCUAUACAUCCACCUCCACCCUCGACCGCCGCACCCCUUACCAAUCCACCUAUCUGCGUGAUCAGCUGAGUGAAGAUGAGACGGAUAAAUUGUUGAACCGUCGCUCAUUCAAACCCAAACCUCUCAUUAUGUCUAUGGAUGUUUCCAAAGACCUGGUGGGCGGCAGCACGUCCAGCAGCGUGUACAGUGACGGCACACUAGGCCGGCCAGGAUACUCCAUGCCACAGUUUUCUUCGGCUGGCAGUCAGGGAUAUAACUCACCAGCAGAAAACCCAUACAGCCCCAAUCCUACCAGCAGUGGACUGGCUGGUACGAUGGGACCUGGUGGCACUCCUCUGGAGGGGUUGUCUUUACCUCCCCAACCUUCACAGACGCUCCUAGGCAGUUUAGGGGGACCUUCAGGCUCAUCACAAUACAGCACAAUAAAUGGUGAAGGGAGUAACACUCUUGGGAAGCGAUCUGGUAAUCCUCUUCGGAGCUUCAGUGUUCCAGCGCCUCCCCAGUCAGCUCCCACAACGCCUCAGCCUAAACACAUUGUUGCUGUGCGACCUCAGGGCAUCACAAGCCCCUUCAAGAAAUCCUUAGUUCCAGGAUCUUCUGGGCUGAGCAGCAGUGCUGGUCCUGCAGGACCCUCAGGCCGCUGGACAGGUCCCUCAAUGCGGGUGGACUCCUUGCCUGAACAUGAAGAAGCCAAUGAAGCCCUCCUUCAUGGUUAUUCAACAGAAGAAUUGUCUCAGGAAAUGGCCAACCUUGAGGGACUCAUGAAGGACCUCUCCGCCAUCACUGCCAACCAGUUCAAUUGCUAAGACUGAAUGACAGCCGGCUGCUGUUGCUUUCCUCCAUAGUGCUUGGUCUGCCAGUUUCACAUGAGUUUAGUUUUCCAUUCUUUAAGCACAACAUGCUCCAUUGUAUUUUCUCAGCAUCUUGAAAUAAACCCAACAGAAAUGUCAGUUUAGUGCCAGUACAUGAAAUUGGGUUUGUAUAUAAGCUCAAACAAACUAUAACAAUGUUAGAUGUUAGCAUCCAUAACUGCAGUAUGUAAGUUGACAGCCUGACAUUAUAUAUAUUUUUUUACAAAAAAAUUCAUCAUUAGAAGUGUAAUAAUUUUGAAAUGUAGGUUCCAUGUGUACAUGUGUAAGCCUUUGUCACUUUAAGAGAGUUUCCACAGGCAUGUCCAACUUGUUUUUUCAAGUGCUCCACUGUCUAGGUCCCUCCUCAGGACUUCAUCCAAUGUCUUCUUUCAUCUUCUUAAUGGCACUAACUUUCAUUUCAAAAUAUUUGUCAUACCUCUCCUAAGCAUUAUCAUCUUUUUCUUUCAUAUGGCCAAAUCAGUACAGUGUACCUGUCUGGUAUCAGUCCCAGGUUUCCACAACUGAACACAUUUGUUGGGUUGAAUUACUGAAUACAUUACACGUCCACCUCACCAAGGUUUUUGAACAUUGCUUAUGCUCUUAAAUAACCUUCAUUUCAUUAACAUGAAGCAUAUGUUGAGCCCAUUAAUGAGCAUAUUACUUUAAAAGAAUAGUCAUAUUCCUGAUGAAAUUUGUAGGACAACUUUCAGAAUCAUUGUAAUUUAUGUGUUUUUGUGUUUUGUAAGCAUAUAUUGAGGUUACAUGAGCUAGUGUCCAAUCAUCAAUGAAGUUACAAAAGUAACUUAAGUUCCAGUUGUAAGCAAAGAAUGAAUGGAAUAUGGCAGCAUUUAUUACAACCCUUUUGAUUUGAUUGACAUUGUAUGAAUCAAAUGCCUAGUACAACAAGGAGGAUGAAGAGUGACCAUUAUCUGAUACUGCUAAAUUCAGUAUAAUAUGUCAAUAGGGUAUUUUCAUGCAGAGCUUUGUUGCUAAAAAUAACUCUGUUUGGAAUUGCCAGUUUUGCUCUAUUUAGUUAAAUUUGCCCUGAAUUUGGAAACAUGUGGUGAUAGAGGAUGUGUAAUGUGACAUCAAACAAAGCAUAUUUGAAUUUAGAAAUAUUCCUAAUGUUAAAUGAAGGAAUGAAGAGAGAUUUCCCUCAGCUUUCUGUUUUUCCUUUUUAGCUAACAUAAAAGUAUGCCUCUCUCUUUCAUAUUUAAAAUUCAUUCAGUAAAAUGUAAUGCUUUUCCAAAAUCUGGGAUUGGUUGCAGUAAGGUGCUAUAAAGAUGGGCUGUUAUUUUAUUUAUUUAUUUUAUUUAUUUUUUUUUUUACUACAAAUUUUAUUAUGAUAUCUGUUAAUUAUAAAAAAAUUCAUUGUAUACCUCAUGGAAAAGAGGAGUUGAGCUCAUAAAUACAAUGAAGGGCCCAUGUAAUUUGAAAGAGAGAAUUGAUUUUAUUAAUGUAGUUUCUGACAUCAGAGAUAUAAAUGCAUUAUAUGACUUAUCAACAGCUAUGUGAAACAGCAGUAGUUAUUAUGAAUAUGUAUCAGACUUAUUCGUAGGGGAAUUUCUGCAGGUUACUUAGUCCUUAACAAUGAGCUUCAUUUAACUGCACAAUAACAUAACAUCCAUUACGUGAGUCAAAUCCUUGCUUCAGAUUCACGUGCUGCAGUGUGUGCUGUAUAAAAAUUUGUUACGAUGGAAUGGAUUUGGAAAUCAUUGUAUUCGUGUCAGUUGCAUACAGACUUAUUGUUUUUAUGAACAUUACCAUGUUUUAAGAAAGGAGCUGUCACUGAUGCUGAACUGUGGUGCUUCCAAUUCCCCUCAGUUUCACAGCCUGUUAUACUGCCUGGCCCAGGUGUUGAAAGCAGCUGAACAAAUAUACCUAUAGAAAAAUAAGUGUCUACAAUACUAUUAUGUGUAUUUUUUAAUGCAUGCUUCAUAUUUGUUGAACAUAAUAAGAGGCUAAUCUGGGAAGUAAUGAAGUAAUUGCAAGUUUCUUGGUUAAAGAAUUAAUAAGUAAUUAAAUUUUUACUAGUCAUCAAAUGUGGAGCAGAGACAUGGUUAUGUUUUUCAUGUGACUUCAUCUUUAGUUUAAACAAAAGAAGCUUCCUGUCUUUUAUAGUAAAUGGCAAUGUGAAAAAUGAGAUGGAGCUGAUUGGCUUCCAGCACUCUAUUGCUGAGAGCAGCUGAGUGGUGCCUAGUCAUGUUGAGGACCCAGUGUGUGUAUGUGCAUAAGUGUGUAUCUUGUGGUAAGAACGGUGAAUAUGUUGUGGUGUGCUGUG